CUCCUCCUGUCUGUCGCUCUGAGGAUCUCUGAUCUCUGACUUCUCUCCUUCUGCUGGUUUCUCUCAUUUCUCUGUCAACAUGUUGAAGUUGAGGAUCUUCUCCUCUUCCUCUCUCAGAUCCGCUGCUGCAGCUCUCACACCUGCUGCUGCACCUGCACAGACUCGUGUGCGGUUCUCUACGGGUCCCCAGCAGAAACACGGAACCUUCUACGAGUUACGGACCUACAGCAUCCGUCCGGACCAGAACUCCGCCUUCCUCAAACUGACCAAUGAGAAGAUCCACCUGCGCACCGCCCACUCCGAGCUGAUUGGCUACUGGAGCGUCGAGUACGGCGGCCUCAACAAAGUCUUCCAUAUAUGGAAGUAUGACAGUUAUUCUCAGCGGGCAGGAGUCCGGGCAGCUCUGUCUCAGGACCCGUCGUGGAUCUCUGAGUACGUCUCCGUGGCGAUCCCGAUGUUGACGUCCCAGGAGAACGAGGUCAGCUACCUGGUCCCCUGGACUCACCUGAAGCAUCCGCCGCAGGAGGGCGGUGUGUAUGAGCUGGUGUCCUAUCAGAUGCGUCCCGGCGGUCCGGCCGUGUGGGGCGAGUCCUUCCAGGCCGCCGUGACGUCACGCCACGCUCCGGGCUACGGCACGCUGCUGGGCGCCUUCCACAACGAGUUCGGACGCCUCAACAGAGUUCACGUCCUCUGGUGGUUCCAGAGCGCCGACCAGCGAGCUGAAGUCAGACAGAAGUCUCACACUGACGCCAGAGUGGUCGCCGCAGUCAGGAACAGUGUGGUCCAUCUGGAUUCUCAGGAGAACAAACUCAUGUUCCCGUGUUCUUUCUCUCCGAUGAAGUAACUUCCUGUCGUCACACCUGAGUCUCCACGGCAACAGAGACCUGAUCUCUAGUCCUCUCUAGUCCUCUCUAGUCCUCUGAGGACCCCGGUGGUCCCCCGUAGACCUGGACUUGCUGGCCCGUAGAGGACCAAUCACAGCUCAGUUUGCAUGAAUAUAUAUAAACAUAUUUAACCUUAAUGAUUAACUGAUUUUAAACAAUCAACAAGCUGUCAGUCACUGCGAGUGACAGCAGCAUCGUCCAAUCCCGUGGCUGAGAUGGUGGUGGGCGGGGCUUGUAGUGUGAGCUGUAACUGUCUGAUUAAUAACUGAUAAACUAUAAUAAACUGAUAAUAAACUGAUGAUAAACAUUAA